UCGAUUUAUUUCAUUAAGUAUUAAAAAAGUCUUUAGACUUUAUCGACUUACUAUUCCAUUUAUAAAAAAAAAAGUUAUUUUUUUUUAUAUUUUUUAUAAAUAUUAAUCUAUUUAUCUAUGUUCAAACACUACACACCAAUUCGAAAUUCAAACAACUAACGAACUAAAACAUUACAUUACACACGGAAAAUGCUACAUCACCUUCGAGUAAUUUCGCGCGCUUUCUUCUAUUGGGUCAUUGACUAAUUACACAGCAGCGUUCUCAACUCUGAUUGGUUGGUUGCGUAAUUACCGGGCUGUUUGGUGGCGUCUGAUUGGCUGGGUGCGGAGGGCACGCCCCCUAUUUUCCCGCGGUAACCUGGCUUGGCUUAUGACACGGCGUGUAACGAUCAACGAUGAAUAGUUGAUGAAGUGGCAUUAACUUUUCAGGUGGUUCAGAAAGCUUUUUAUGAGGUCUCCUUUCAGGAUUUGACAAAAUAAAAUUCUUAUUUAUUUUUCCCCUUUUGAAAUCUCUUCAUUUCCCUAGCUUUUUUCCAACUAUGUUGGGGUCGGCUUCCAGCUUAACAGGAUGCAGCUGAGUAGGUACCAAUUUUUUGCUCCAUGAAUAUUAAUAUCCGUUUUUCAUGCAUAAAAUUUUGUUCCUGUUCUUUCGAAGUUAGGUUGAUCUGAAUAGAUUUUUUGGUAGUCCUUUAAUCUUCUUCGUCCUCCUACCAUGUUCCCAAUUUUAUUUGGGGUCGGCGCAAUAUGUCUUCCUGUUUAAUUUUCCCCUGUCACUCGUCAUACCUACUGAUACUCACUCCCUUCCUAUAGUAGUCCUUUAAUAACAAUAGAUAUUUUCAAUAUCUUCAAGUACAUAUUAAUAAAAUAAACAAAUAAUUCGUAGUGUCUCCUAUAAAGAGCUCUUUAAAAGCAACAUGGCGCCGCGUGGCGUUAUAAUUGCCGCUUACGGCGGCCACCACGCGUUAUGAACGCCCGGGUAACUCGCAUAGAGAAAUUUGUGGAGAUUACCUACUACGUUUUACCUAUGUAAUAAUAUUUAAAAGAAAAUUAAACAUGCUAAGUAUUCCGUUAUACUCAUUUCACUGUCUACAGAGAGCGUGCUCAAGAAGUUGUCAGCGUCAAUGCAUAGGUAGGUAUUCAUUUUAAUACAUAAAGAUAUGCUUUGCCAGGUAAUUUUCCAAAACCUCAGACAAGUCAGCCUUGAUUCCAUCGAAGCAUUUAAAAAAAUAGAAUUUAUUAAUUAUUCAAAAUCUCGUCUUCGUAUACUCAGUGGUAUCAACACAGCCAGGAUAUUCUAUUAAUUGCAUAAAAACUUCUCUGCUCUGCUCUUCCUUGGUGAAUUCUGGGCAUUGAUAAUCACACACACCUUGAGACCAGCGGUCAAAAGGUCAAUGAAAGCGCUACUCCACUCAUCGCGCUGUCCUUUGAAGGUCUAAAAUCAAAUAACCAACGAAGGUAAUGUAGCCCUACCACUCCAGUUCCAGCACUCGAACAUUAUUUUGUUUAUAAAACUUUAAAUAAUGUGUUUUUUAUUUUGUAUGGCAUCUCGCAGUUCAGCCUAGGAGGCGGAGGUACUGCUUAAUUGGACUUUUCCCUGUGGAUGCCUAGAAUUUAAAGCCUCCAGCCAGGGGCAAAUAUUGUAUUGGAAACUGACUGGUGCGUCAUAGGACUACUGUUGUACGGGGUCUCGGGUAUGAUUCUCAAAUUGUGCAGAAAUCAAUUUGAGGAUCCUAAGAAACUUUCUCAAAGCAGCCCGGAGUCUGUAAGUUGGUGACUGAGUCACGAAAAUGUUGGUCCCGUGGACUCUUCCGCUUAUCACUUUUUGUUCGUGCCGGAUUGCAGUUACUUUGGGCUAUGAGAGUGAAUAGCGAUUUUCUUCCAUCUCGCGGAAGAAAACUACAGGGUUUUAAAGAUGACAUUUGAAAAUGCUCGACAGAUUUCUUGCCACGCGAAAAGUGUCUCGCGUAGAAAAGCCAGGCUUAUACCUAUAACUACCUAUUGCAUGUGUUGUGUUCUCCAGAAAAUCCCAUGUACCACUAACAGAUUUUCUCGUGUGUAGGUAGAUGGGUACAUGCUCGGCUCUGAGAGUCAAAAAUCAACGUAGCCGAACCAUUGUUAUUCCAAGAAAGAUUUUUUAUCCAUUCUAAAACCUCGAGGGCCCAAUAAAAUGCAGCCAACUUACACAAGUGAGGCAAUACAAACAUGAACAGCGUCCGUGGGAACUGACGGCUGUAGCAGCAAUUAACCCCUUCGCCCCUUUACAUAAACGCCCUGUCAGCGAAUACUGACGCCGGUGUACUGAGGUCGGGUAACGUGAAGAUUUUUAUAUGAAACUAACUCGGAAUGAGUACGAAAGGUAUUACUUUAGGACUGAAUAUUGAGCUGGUAGUCAUUCCACGUUUAUUCGGAAGGAAAAAUAGGAAAAAAACUUGUAAAAAAAGAUUAAGAGCAAAAAAUUAAGUGGGCGAAAAGUGUAGGCGUUUAUUUAAGUUAGGUUGAUAAAUCAGCACUUUUUUACGUCCCUAAACGCCCAUCCUUCACCACUUCCUACGUGUUUAGGGAGGGCAGAAGAAGUAGCGCAACAAACUCAUAAAAGUAGUUCCCGGGACAUUUGCAAUCUUUGAACUUAAAACUGAACUCGUAAUCUAGAUGAUUUCACAUUUAUUCAAAACUCUUAUUUACCAGGAUCCAUUUACACGCCAUCAUCCUAUCAUCUUUCUAAACUACUCAAAAGAAUGUUAAUUCAAUCUACAUAAUUUAAAAACUAUUUGAAACAGGGCUAAUAAAACCUCAUUUACAUCCCAAUCUAAGACCAUAUACCAAACAAAAAAAAAAUAUACAUUUUGGAGUUUCAUCAAUUCAAAAUACAAGUUCUACGUCAAAAUGAAAAUCACAAACACGACCAUUGGUCGAAUGUCAAUGAAAUAAUUGCGGAACAGUCCUGUGGACUAUGAUGAAGGCAUUUACGCGAAUACCUUGUGAAAUCUGUCGAUUAUGUGGCUAUAACCUCCAUAUCAGUCGGGCAUCAUCUUCUACUCUGCCCAACCAAGAAUUCUCGAAGACACAGUCACAACAGCCUCCUUCACAACCAGGGGUACUUACUCCAAGGGCGGGUUUCUGUCCCCCUUUAAGAAGGCCGAACACAUACUUCCAAAGACCUCGCAUAGGGGAAAUAGAAAAGAGGAUACACUUGGACCCCUGGUUUAGUGCUUCUAGGAGUACCCAAUCUCUGUUUAGAGUUGGUGCCUAUCUGAACUUCCAACAUACCAGAAGACAGUUUUCAACUUCGCCGAUCCUCAAUAUAGACGAAUGUGAUGAUGAGCCCCCGAAGAAGAAGCGCCGGGGUAAGCCCGAGGCGGCAGGAGAAAGCCCGAAGCCAUCCAAGGGUACAGGAGGAGCCACUAAAAUCGCUUCCGGGGCUGUCAAGGGGAGGAUUAUAGCUGUGAUCGGAGCGGUGGUGGAUGUGCAGUUUGACGCUCACCUGCCUCCAAUCCUCAACGCGCUCGAGGUACCUGGACGAAAACCAAGACUAAUCUUGGAAGUAGCCCAGCAUUUGGGCGAGAGCGCCUGCCGUACCAUCGCUAUGGACGGUACCGAGGGCCUGGUGAGAGGUCAACCCAUUGUAGACACCGGAGCUCCCAUCACUAUACCUGUCGGAGAAAGGACGCUGGGCAGGAUCAUCAAUGUCAUUGGAGAGCCUAUUGAUGAGCGUGGCCCAAUAGAGACAGAUGAGUACGCAGCCAUACACGCCGACGCGCCUCCCUUCGUGGAAAUGUCUGUGGAGCAGGAGAUCCUCGUCACUGGCAUCAAGGUCGUGGACCUGCUCGCUCCCUAUGUCAAAGGCGGUAAGAUCGGCUUAUUCGGCGGCGCUGGCGUCGGCAAGACUGUGCUGAUCAUGGAACUUAUUAACAACGUUGCUAAGGCCCACGGUGGAUUCUCUGUGUUCGCGGGCGUAGGAGAGCGCACGCGAGAGGGCAAUGAUCUGUACCACGAGAUGAAAGUAGGAGGCGUCAUCACCGAUGAUUAUAAGACUUCUAAGGUGGCAUUAGUAUACGGGCAAAUGAACGAGCCCCCGGGCGCCCGAGCCCGCGUGGCGCUCACCGGCCUCACCGUGGCCGAGCACUUCCGAGACAAGGAGGGACAGGAUGUGUUGCUGUUCAUUGAUAAUAUCUUCCGGUUUACGCAGGCUGGCUCUGAGGUAUCAGCGUUGCUAGGGCGCAUCCCGUCCGCCGUGGGCUACCAGCCGACCCUGGCGACGGACAUGGGCACCAUGCAGGAGAGGAUCACCACCACCAAGACUGGCUCCAUCACCAGUGUGCAGGCAGUAUACGUGCCAGCAGAUGAUCUCACAGACCCCGCUCCGGCCACAACGUUCGCCCACUUGGACGCGACCACCGUGCUGUCUCGAGCCAUCGCCGAGCUCGGCGUGUAUCCCGCAGUGGACCCGCUGGACUCAACGUCCAGAGUCAUGGACCCGAAUAUUAUUGGAACAGAGCACUAUGGAGUUGCUAGAGGCGUGCAGAAGAUUUUGCAAGACUACAAGUCGCUCCAAGACAUUAUCGCUAUCCUGGGCAUGGACGAGUUGUCAGAGGACGACAAGCUGACGGUGGCCCGAGCUCGCAAGAUACAGCGGUUCCUCUCGCAACCCUUCCAGGUUGCUGAAGUCUUCACUGGACACAUUGGCAAGCUGGUCAAGUUGGAGCAAACCAUUAAAGGGUUUAAGAGGAUUCUCAUGGGUGAGCUGGACCACAUUCCCGAAGCAGCUUUCUACAUGGUGGGGACUAUCGAAGACGUCAUCACCAAGUCACAGGAACUCGCUAAGGGCGUGUAAAAUAUGAAGAAAUAUCUAUGGAUAUAACGCUUAAAUAUGUGGACAUAGCGUUCAAAUAAUAUAGAUAUAGUAGUUUAGAUAUAUUCUCUUGUAAACAGUUGUGAAGUUACGUACUAACGUUCGUAAAAAAAUCACUCACAUACGCAUAUGUGCAUAGACGAGCUUUUAGGUAAGCGUCCACAGGCCCGCAUCGCACGUAUCGGACGUAUCGCAUUAUAGCAUAGUAAGGCCACGUUCACACGGCGAUUAUUUUCUCGUAUGAAUCGAAUAGUCGCCGUGUGAACGUGACCUUAUGUAUCGGAGUCGUCAUACGAUGCGGAUCAGUGGACGCCGUUGUAAAAUCCGUUACGUGCGAUGCGUGUUGUCAGUACUGAGUGUCGUGUAUCGAGCACAUGCGUGUGAGAGUGACAUUGUUACGAACGUUAGUAUGUAGCUUCACAACUGUUUACUAGAGAAUGUAUUUAAACUAUCAAUAUAGUUUUGUUACUUGUGAAUAAUUUGUUCUUAGAAUUUUGUAAAGUAGUGUGAAAAUGGUAUUAUUUUUUUCUCAUCGAGUUGUUUUUAUUUUGUGAAAAUAUUAAUUGUUAUAGCAGAUUUUAUUUUGUGAGUGGAUACCAGUAUAGAGACGAUUAUUAACUUAUUGUUUUUUCAUGAAUAAAGUUAUUUAAUUUA